AUGACGGCCGAAAGCACCAACGGCACCUCGGCCGCGGCCGCCGCGCCUCGAACCAAGAUCUGCGUCUUCUGCGGCGCCUCGCCGGGAAAGAAGCCCGAAUACAUCGAGGCUGCCCGCGCGCUCGCCCGUGCCAUGGCCGCCAAAAACAUUGACCUAGUCUACGGCGGCGGCACCGUCGGCCUCAUGGGCGAGGUCGCCAAGACGCUCUGCGAGCUCAACGGCCCCGACGCCGUCCACGGCAUCAUCCCCGAGGCGCUCGUCAAGUGGGAGCGCGACGGCACCUACGCCACCGUCAACGCCGACGGCCGCUACGUGCCCGACGAGACAAAGUACGGCCGCACCACCGUCGUCCCGGACAUGCACACCCGCAAGAAGCUCAUGGCCGAGGAGGUCUUUGCCGGCGGCCCCGGCUCCGGCUUCGUCGGCCUGCCGGGCGGCUUCGGCACCAUGGAGGAGCUCUUCGAGGUCAUCACCUGGAACCAGCUCGGCAUCCACAGCAAGGGCAUCGUGCUGCUCAACGUCAACGACUACUGGCGCGGCAUGCUGGACCUGAUUGACACGGCCGUCGACCAGGGCUUCAUCCGCGAUGCCAACAAGAGCAUCGUCCUGGCGGCGCAGGACGGCGACGAGGCCAUUGCCAUGCUCAGGGACUACAAGGUGUCGUCGGCCAUUUACGGCCUGGAAUGGGGCAAGCAGUAG